GGAAGUACUUUUUUAGUAUUGCGGAAUUUCAGACGAUUAAAACAACACAGCUAGCUAGCUACUCAUCUUGCAUUAUCUAAACAUGUCUAAAAUACAGUUGUUGAGAGUUUUUCUCUACGAUAGAUUAACAGCUGCUGCUGAGGAGAUAUUCGAGGUCGUUGAAAAAACCAUAGCAGAGAAUCAGGAGGAAGUUGUCCGUCUACAGAGGCUACUCGACAUUGUUCUUCAACCUGAGAUAAAGCAAGACAGAGCAGACCUCCAGCAGCUCUGUCUCUCUGUCUCUGAAGUGGAGAUUCCCCCAGAGCAGCAGCAUUGUGAGCAGGAGUGGAGCCCCAGUCUGAGGCAUGAGGACCCAGAGUCCACACAGAUCAAAGAGGAACAUGGUCCCAGUCAGGAGGAAGAGCAGCUUCAAGGGCUUGAGGCUCAUACUAAAGACUCCAUAUUCACUCCUGCUUAUGAUGAGGACCCAACUCAACCCUCGCAUCCCUAUCAAGCCCAAAAGGAAGGGAAUGGAGAGAGAGACACUCUACCCAGCACUACAACUGAACAGAUCAAAACAGAACCGGAUGGAGAGGACUACGGAGAAUCAGAACCAACCAGUGUCUUUCAGCCCCUCUCUGCAGUAAAUCCAGACUGUUCUGCAGCUCCGAGUGAAAACAGUGAAGGUGACAGUGGGAUGGAGACUGGCGGACCUCCGUCAGGUUUCAAGUCAGUCAAAUCAAAGGGAACAAAUAUGGUAAAAGAACAAAGCUCCCUUAUCAACACUAAGGAUAACAAAUCCACACCGUUGUUCCAUCUGAAAUCACCUAGGCAAGGUCACGCUACUCCUGGUUGUUGUAAGGUGUGUGGCAAGUAUUUUCAUUACAUGGGCUUAUUAUUUAAACAUGUUCAAACUCAUUCAAACGAUAAAGAAACACUUUGUGGAGUGUGUGGAAAGCAUAUGGCGUCAACAGAAAGUAUGAAAGAUCAUCUCCAGACUCACAUUGCAGCUAGGUAUUGUUGUCGUGUUUGUAGUAAAUGGUUCACCUUAAACAGCAAUCUGAUAGUGCACAUGAGAAGCCACACAGGGGAAAAAACGUGUCACUGCCCUGUUUGUGGCAAAGGAUUCAGCACCAGCGGCGAUCUGAAGAAACACAUCCGGAUUCACACAGGGGAGAAGCCGUUUCGCUGCCCUGAUUGUGGCAAAGCGUUCAAUCAGAGUGGAAAUCUGAAAUAUCAUAGAAAGUCCCACACAGGGGAGAAAUAAUAUCAUUGCAGUUGUUGACAGGUGUUUCAGGAUUGACACAAAUCUUAAAAGUACACAAGGACUCACGGGAGAGACAAGUAAGAUGCAAUGAUUGAUGAUAUGCUCCAGUGGGCCGAUUCAUACUUCUGGAAAUGAUAUGUUCUUCAUUCCGGGAUUGUAUGUUUUAAUCAGUUUCCCACUCUACAUUUACAAGUGCAUUUAUUCAGUACAUUGGCCAUGUUGCACUUGGCCAUGUUGCACCCAUGGCUGCGCCCCUGCCCAGUCAUGUGAAAUCUGUAGAUUGGGGCGUAAUGAAUUUAUUUCAAUUGACUGAUUUCCUUAUAUGAACUGUAACUCAGCAAAAUCUUUGAAAUUGUUGCAUGUUGCAUUUAUAUAUAUAUACACUGCUCAAAAAAAUAAAAGGAACACUUAAACAACACAAUGUAACUCCAAGUCAAUCACACUUCUGUGAAAUCAAACUGUCCACUUAGGAAGCAACACUGAUUUACAAUAAAUUUCACAUGCUGUUGUGCAAAUGGAAUAGACAACAGGUGAAAAUUAUAGACAAUUAGCAAGACACCCCCAAUAAAGGAGUGGUUCUGCAGGUGGUGACCACAGACCACUUCUCAGUUCCUAUGCUUCCUGGCUGAUGUUUUGGUCACUUUUGAAUGCUGGCGGUGCUUUCACUCUAGUGGUAGCAUGAGACGGAGUCUACAACCCACACAAGUGGCUCAGGUAGUGCAGUUCAUCCAGGAUGGCACAUCAAUGCGAAUGUGGCAAGAAGGUUUGCUGUGUCUGUCAGCGUAAUGUCCAGAGCAAGGAGGCGCUACCAGGAGACAGGCCAGUACAUCAGGAGACGUGGAGGAGGCCGUAGGAGGGCAACAACCCAGCAGCAGGACCGCUACCACCGGCUUUAUGCAAGGAGGAGCAGGAGGAGCACUGCCAGAGCCCUGCAAAAUUACCUCCAGCAGGCCACAAAUGUGCAUGUGUCUGCUCAAACGGUCAGAAACAGACUCCAUGAGGGUGGUAUGAGGGACCGACGUCCACAGGUGGGGGUUGUGCUUACAGCCCAACACCGUGCAGGACGUUUGGCAUUUGCCAGAGAACACCAAGAUUGGCAAAUUCGCCACUGGCGCCCUGUGCUCUUCACAGAUGAAAGCAGGUUCACACUGAGCACGUGACAGAGUCUGGAGACACCGUGGAGAACGUUCUGCUGUCUGCAACAUCCUCCAGCAUGACCGGUUUGGCGGUGGGUCAGUCAUGGUGUGGGGUGGCAUUUCUUUGGGGGGCCGCACAGCCCUCCAUGUGCUCGCCAGAGGUAGCCUGACUGCCAUCAGGUACCGAGAUGAGAUCCUCAGACCCCCUUGUGAGACCAUAUGCUGGUGCGGUUGGCCCUGGGUUCCUCCUAAUGCAGGACAAUGCUAGACCUCAUGUGGCUGGAGUGUGUCAGCAGUUCCUGCAAGAGGAAUGCAUUGAUGCUAUGGACUGGCCCGCCCGUUCCCCAGACCUGAAUCCAAUUGAGCACAUCUGGGACAUCAUGUCUCGCUCCAUCCACCAACGCCACGUUGCACCACAGACUGUUCAGGAGUUGGCGGAUGCUUUAGUCCAGGUCUGGGAGGAGAUCCCUCAGGAGACCAUCUGCCACCUCAUCAGGAGCAUGCCCAGGCGUUGUAGGGAGGUCAUACAGGCACGUGAGGCCACACACACUACUGAGCUUCAUUUUGACUUGUUUUAAGGACAUUACAUCAAAGUUGGAUCAGCCUGUAGUGUGGGGUUCCACUUUAAUUUUGAGUGUGACUCCAAAUCCAGACCUCCAUGGGUUGAUAAAUUUGAUUUCCAUUGAUAAUUUUUGUGUGAUUUUGUUGUCAGCACAUUCAACUAUGUAAAGAAAAAAGUAUUUAAUAAGAAUAUUUCAUUCAUUCAGAUCUAAGAUGUGUUAUUUUAGUGUUCCCUUUAUUUUUUUGAGCAGUGUAUAUAUAUAUUUUUUUUUUCUUCAGUAUAUCUGCAUACAUGUAUAAUUCUUAAAUGCUCAUGUGUGACAUGUAGUAUUAAAAUGUUUAUUACAAAUGUGUCCCUUACAUGUUAACAGUAUGUGUUAACAUAUAUGUUACGGGAUCACUAUUUCAGUGAUCCUUGUAGUCAUGGUAAUAAAACCUUAGAACAAACUACACUAAACACUCAACUUAAUCCUAUUCAUUUCAUUUUUUUCCCCCCUCAUUUCUCAAUAUAGCCAUUUUACUGUUUUAAACUUUCCCACGUGUCCCUUUUGUUGCAUCCAGGAAGUGUUUCAUGACAGCAUCUGUAGAGGGAAAGCAACAAAUAUAAAAUAAAGAGCACAUAAAACAGUUAAGGGUUGUGUUUGGGGUCAUUAAAUGAUCCAACUCAGUUUAAUAAAAAAAUGCUUGAACAUUAA